AUGAGGGGAGCAUACAUUGAUAGGCGCCAGGGCUCGGUCUUCCCAGAGAUCACCUCCUCCUCCUCCUCAUUAAUUGGUGCAAUUGGCACUGACGAUGGUUUUCGGACUAUCACUCCCAGCUCCCGGGUCUCAUCUGCAAUUGGUGGUGUACCAUCUGACACCGCGCCGGCUGGUUCAACCAUAGGCUCAGAGAUAACGUCAGAUACGACAUCUGAGAUAUCUCCCAGCUCAACCGCAAGCUCGCCGAUCUCGAGCACGGAAGGCGGCGGCGGCGCAUCAACCCCUCAGUCAUCAGCGGCGUCACAGGACAACGGCAGCGGUAGUUCAGGGCUAGGAGGCGGCGCAAUCGCUGGCAUAGCCAUUGCAGCCGUCCUCGUUAUCGCGCUCAUCGGUGGAUGGUUCUUCUGGCGGAGAAGAAAACGCACGAGAGGGAAGGUCACGAGCACUGGGAUUAGUGCGCACAUUGCAGGAGACGGAAGCGGAGACGGAGGCAUACCAGAACUCGAUACAAAGGAGCGACCACAAGAGAUGCCGGGAAGUCGACAGGUGGAAACGCAAGAGCUGGAUCCUACACAGUACACCAAAUACGCUAUGAAUGGAUCUCAUGAGCUGAAAACCGAGCCUGAGCCAGCUGAGCUAUUGAACGGUCCCGACGAAUACACUGCACCAGCGCCUUAUCACGCUCCGCAACGAUCUGCUGCUGAGAUGACGGAUAUGACUGAGGCAACGAGUAACCCACUUUCAUCUAAUGUUGAAGCGCAACGGAGAAGAGAAAUGGAGUGGCUAGAGAUGGAGGAGGAAAGGAUGCGGAAGCGGCGAGAGUUGCUUGCGGCGCAGGGAGGUGCGACGCCUUGA